GAUGUAACAAGGCCAGGCUCACGCCGUGUCCCCUCUUUCCCAGACUCAGUGCUCCCUCCUCCUGCGCCCCGCGCUCUGCUCGCUGAGCUGGCGCCGGGCUCCGCUUGCACAGCACAGGGACCGACGGGCACUGCGGGGAGAACUGCUCUCCCAUGUUCCACCUCCCCAAUGCAGAGUCCGUGGGGGAAACCAGGCUUUCCUCCCAGAACCAGGGGAGCGAGCCGAGGGGGCAGCUGCUGUGGAGGCUUCUGAGGAGACAGCUGGCUUCUUUCCCUACUUCCUGGAGAGGGCAGGAAACCUCAGAAUAGAGGAACACUGCUACCUGGUCAGCAAGCAGCCCCCAACCUGGAUGGAGUGAAAGAUGCGGCCUGAUGACAUCAACCCGAGGACUGGGCUGGUGGUGGCCCUGGUCAGUGUCUUCCUGGUCUUCGGUUUCAUGUUCACCGUCUCUGGGAUGAAAGGGGAGACUUUGGGAAACAUACCCCUCCUGGCCAUCGGGCCAGCCAUCUGCCUACCAGGCAUCGCGGCCAUUGCCCUGGCCAGGAAAACCGAGGGAUGCACCAAGUGGCCGGAGAACGAGCUGCUAUGGGUCCGCAAAUUGCCCUGCUUCCGGAAACCCAAAGACAAGGAGGUGGUGGAGCUGCUGAGGACCCCUUCAGACCUGGAGUCCGGCAAGGGGAGCUCAGAUGAGCUGGCUAAGAAGGCAGGCCUCAGGGGGAAGCCUCCGAGACAAGGCCAGGGUGAGGUAUCCAUGGCCAGCUCCAUCACCACCCCCACACCCACGGAGGAAGGAGAAUGCCAGAGCCUGGUCCAGAGUGGGCAUCAGGAGGAGACGUCCAGAUACCUGGACGGCUACUGCCCCUCGGGCAGUUCCCUCACCUACAGUGCCUUGGACAUCAAGUGCUCAGCAAGGGACAGACCUGAGUGCCCUGAGCCCGAGGACAGCAUCUUCUUUGUGCCCCAGGACAGUAUCAUCGUUUGCUCCUACAAGCAGAACAGCCCCUAUGACAGAUACUGUUGUUAUAUCAAUCAUAUACAAGGCAGGUGGGACCACGAGACCAUCGUCUAA